CUCCUCGUAUGCAGCAUCGGCAAUCCGGGCCCCACAUACGCCAACACCCUACACUCAGCAGGCCACAUCGUAACAUCCUACAUCGCGGGUCGCAAGUCGUACCAGCCAUUCACCAAGGGGCUCUCUGGCCUCGUCUCGCGGCCCGACAAUACCACGUUUUCGCUCUCUCUGCUGAAAGGGUACACGAAAACGCAAGGCGGGCCGCCCGAAGACGACUGGACGUUCUGGCAGAGUCUGAGCCUGAUGAACGUAAGUGGUGUGGGAGUCAAGAAGGCAUACACAGCCUGGCUCGCAGAGUUACGGCGACGGACGAGCCCGACGGCUGAGGGCAGACUGGUGGUUGUGCAUGAUGAGCUGGAGUCUGCACUGGGCAAGGUUACGGUCAGGGAGAGCGGGGCGAGUGCGAGGGGCCACAACGGGUUGAAGAGCUGUCAGCAGCAGUUGGGCGGUGUGAAAUGGUGGAGAGUGGGUGUCGGGAUAGGCAGGCCCGAGAGUAGGGAUCCGAAUGUGGUGAGCAGGUAUGUGUUGGGGAAGAUGAGGGGGGAGGAGAGGAGUGGGUUGGAGAGGGCGGCGCCGGGAGUUGUGGAUGCGCUGAGGGCGAUUGCU